UCAACAGUCAACAGUUCGCUAAUCUCAAAGUUCAUCUUUCGUCUCCUCUGUUUUCGCUUCUCAAUAAACAAACAAAAAAACUCAUUCUCAAGAGAGAAAAAAAAAGAAAGUAGAAAAAAAUCUUGUUCCGCACUCUUUGCUUGUCUUGUAUCCAAUGUACGUUAGCUCGAGAACUGAUCAGAGAUAACAAUGGCAAAGUGUCACCGGAACAACAUCGGAUCUCUCAUUCACGACCCUCCUCCCACCACUUCCUCCGGCUACCACUUCCGCCUCUGGAGCACCUUCUCAAGAUCCGCAUUCAGAAGAAAGAUCCUAAACGCCGUUAGCUGCGGCGGGAGCUCGCGUUACCGUCACGAGCUCCGAGAAGAGGAGAAAGAAGAAAGAAGCUACGUCACGGUGACGACGGAGAAGAAGUCAACGGUCAAAGCCAAUACGAUCGCCGCGGCGUUGAAUGGCGCAGCGUUCGAGGAGAAAGCGAAGAAGUCGGAGAAGCUCUGCGAUCUGCUGAAUCUUGCGGAGGUGGAAGCUGACGUGGAGACGAAGUGGAAGGAAGAAGCGCUCGACGCGUUGAAGCGCGUGGUCAGAGAGCUGCAGGCUGUGGCAGCGCGUGGAGUUGACGACGGCGGAGAAUGUCGGAAGAAAGUAGCGGCGGCGAGCGAGGUGCGGUUGCUGGCGAAGGAGGAUCCGGAGGCGAGGGUGACGCUGGCGAUGCUCGGCGCGAUCCCGCCGCUGGUUAGCAUGAUCGACGACGAGUCGCGAACCGCAGACGCUCAGAUCGCUUCGCUGUACGCUCUGCUCAAUCUAGGCAUCGGUAACGACGCGAACAAAGCAGCUAUUGUAAAAGCAGGUGCAGUUCACAAAAUGCUGAAGCUAAUCGAGUCUCCAAACACACCUGACCAAUCUAUCGCAGAAGCUGUGGUAGCUAACUUCCUAGGAUUAAGUGCUCUAGACUCAAACAAACCAAUAAUUGGUUCUUCAGGAGCAAUCAUCUUCCUAGUGAAAACUCUUCAGAACUUGGACGAAACAAGCAGCUCACAAGCUAGAGAAGACGCGUUAAGAGCUCUUUACAACCUCUCAAUCUACCAGCCAAACGUUUCAUUCAUCCUCGAAACCGAUCUAGUCACGUUUCUCUUGAACACACUGGGAGAUAUGGAAGUGAGCGAGAGGAUCCUCGCUAUCUUAAGCAAUAUAGUGGCAGUUCCAGAAGGAAGGAAAGCGAUCAGUUCAGUAUGCGACGCGUUUCCGGUUCUGGUCGAUGUGCUGAACUGGACCGACUCUCCCGGGUGCCAAGAGAAGGCCACUUACAUACUAAUGUUGAUGGCUCACAAAGGAUAUGGAGAUAGACAAGCAAUGAUUGAGGCGGGAAUCGAAUCCUCGUUGCUAGAGUUGACCCUUUUGGGAAGUGCAUUGUCUCAGAAGAGGGCAUCGAGGAUAUUAGAGUGUCUUAGAGUAGACAAAGGGAAGCAAGUCUUGGAUAGUACCGGAUCAUGCGGAGCCUUAUCCGCACCGAUCUAUGGGACUAGAGGUAACGGUUUGGACCAUGAGGAAAGCGACUUGAUGAUGAGCGAAGAGAGGAAAGCAGUGAAGCAGUUAGUGCAACAGAGUUUACAAAGCAACAUGAAGAGAAUAGCAAAGAGAGCUAAUUUGCCACAAGAGUUUGUUCCUUCAGAGCAUUUUAAAUCACUCUCUAUAAGCUCAACUUCAAAGAGCCUUCCCUUUUGAGAAUGUGUCAUUUUGAAGCAGUUCCACGAAAACAGAAGGAGAGCGUUGCUUCGACAGAUCUAUUCAGCUUCUGAAAACAGCCAAGCAGACACAAUCUAAUUAGCAUAUAGUGUACGGUGUACCCUACGUACGACGUGUCGUUGAAUUUUCCAUGUGGAGUUACUUUUUUGUUUGAGUGAGUGGUUUUGUUAAAAGUAAAAAUACCCACUACGUCUACUAGCCUUAGUGGUAUGUUAUUAUAAAGUUAUGGGCUUUGUUAGCUUUUACAUCUACCAAUUAUAUCAGCUUUUCUAGUCUUAUAAUAUGGUGUGUAUAUAUCUUUUUCUGGAUCGUGAGUAUUCACAUACUUAAAAAGUAAAACAUUCAAGUA